AUGGUACUGAUAAUGAAGAAUAUUUGGCACAGGAGGAAUAAGUUCGUUUUUGAAAAGAAAUUCUUAUCUCCGGCACAGGUUGUACAGCUUUCUAUUGCAGGCCACGAAGAUUAUAAGGAAGCUAGAAGGAAGGGGGAAGGAGGGCCAAAGGCUGGGGGUGAUGACAGAAGAGUUUUGAGACGGAGACGGCCAGAGGGCAGAAGCCUGAAGGCUAAUUUUGAUGCGGCCUUAAAUGAAACACUUUACUUAACAGGAGUUGGGAUUGUUAUUAGACAUCAUAACGGUGAAUUGGUUGCUGCAAAAUGUGCUAACAGAAGAUAUUCCAGCUCUUCCUUUGCUGCAGAGAGUAUGACACUAUGGGAGGCAAUGGAGAUGUGCAAGGAAUUGGGGUUAUGGGAUGUAUAUUUUGAGGGGGAUGCAAAAGAGGUGAUCGAGUCAGUAAAGAGAGAAGGGGAAAACGAUUCUCGGCAUGGUCAGAUAAUUGAAGCUGGGGUUCAGUCAUCGUGA